AUGGCCGGCCUCAAUGCUUUCACGACGCAGUCUCUCUUCAACAUCAAGGGCUGGGUGGCCAUUGUGACAGGCGGCGGAACGGGGCUUGGAUUGAUGACGGCCAAGGCCCUCGCAGCCAACGGAGUGAAGGUGUACAUUACAGGCCGACGUCUGGAGAAGAUCAAGGCCGCAGAGACGCAGGACGCCCAAUCCGGCGGCUCCAUCAUUGCCAUUCAGUUGGAUGUCACCGACAAAGCUUCCAUCCUCGAGUUCGCCAAAACGAUUGGCAAGAAGGAGAAAUUCAUCAAUCUAUUGGUGAACAAUGCAGGUCAGACUUCCGUCAACUACGGCGAGAAGUGGACUCCGCACGGCGACCCCAAGGCAGUGAGCGAGAAGAUGCUCGGCUAUCAGGACUUUGACGACUGGACGUCGAUCUACAAGGUCAACGUUGCCAGCAUCUACUUCAUGUCUGUUGCCUUCAUCCCGCUCCUGUGUGCCGCCCGGGAUCACGGAUACGAGGAGGCCGGGAACAUCCUCAACAUCAGCUCCAUCUCGGGCAUCACCAAGGGAAGCCAGAACGGGCAAUUUAGUUACAAUGCCGCCAAAGCCGGCACGAUCAGCAUUACUGAGCAGCUGGGCGUGGAAUUGAAGAACUCUGGCCUCGAAAUUCGCGUGAACACGCUCGCUCCUGGAUAUUUCCCGAGCGAGAUGACACCAGUCGAGCAAUACAAGGACAAAGACAAGGAGUACUUCCGACAGAACUGGGGCACCCCGUUGGGCCGAGCGGGAACGCCUCAGGAUUACGCCCAGGCUGUGUUCGGCUUGGUUGUGAACAAGUUUGUCACUGGGGCAGUGCUCGUGAUUGACGGAGGCUAUCUCCUCGCAUCGGCGUAG